AUUAUUGAAAAAUAUAAGUAUUCAAAUGUAAUUUCCCUUGGUAUUAAUAAUUGCUUUCAUUCAAGAUAUACGGAAGAUUUACUUUGGUCAAAAAUAGGUAGAGUAGAGAAUAUUGUAAAGUUAGGAUAAUCAUUAGGACGAUUUCUAUGUUCAAUCGCGAAUUCAUUAUUUUGGAACACGUGAUCGAAGUUAUUUUGUUUACGGGUAACUGUUAUUUGUUAUUUCAUGGAAGUUUAUAACUGUUCAUGACAUAAUGUAAUGAAGCGUAGUGAGAAGUUUGCGUUUUUCGAAAGGCAAUUAAAUUCUUUGAAACUCGACUUUUACUUUAUCUUUGAUCGUUUGAAAUAUGAUGAAACAAAAGUUGCCGAAAAAUUGGAUCGUAUUAAAUUCCAAAACACACCCUGACAGGGUUUAUUAUUUUAACGUCAAAACAAAUAAAUCUUCCUGGGAGAAACCAAUGGAAGACGAGUCUAAGCAGGUUACAAAGAAAUCACCAGAACCUCAAAAAAAACGUAAAAAAGCAACUCAGACAAGCGAUGAGGAAGUACAACCUACUACUCCUGAAUACAAUGUAUCUGAAACAGAAAUUGGCGGAAGGAAGAAACUUACUGCAAAGAGAUCUUUACGACAUACCCAGGGAAAGAUUAUCCAGGAAAAAGUUGAUGAAACAAAAGUUAAUAAAGAAAAAGAAACACCACAAAUGCAAGUACUUCGUGAAAAAUUAUUAAGGAAAAAAGAAAUGAGUCCUAAAUCUCCUAUGAAAGAUAAAGAUAGUAUGAAAUCACCAUCUGUAAGAUCUGAUCGAAGCAGCUCGGUACAUAAGCCUAGCAGUGAUUCAAGUUCACAUACAGUUUGUACCCCACAAAUGUUGGCAGUAUUAGAAAAGAUGCAGAAGAGAAAUGCAAAACGUGGUACAACCACAAAGAAACUAAAAGGAAGUAAAGGUAAUAACUCUAAAUCUCCAGAAGAAAAACAAACUAAAUUGCGACCAUUAAAGAACAGAGGAAGAAAAGAAACAGGAAAAAAAACAGACGAAGAAUCUGAUUCAGUUGGAAGUGCAUCUGUGAGACAAAGUCAAAGGCCUCUGAAAAAAAAUUUGGGAAAGGAACGUAUGGAAACAUUACGCAAAAGUUUAACAUCAACCAUUAAUAAUAAUGAAACUUUGGAGGAUAAUAAUUGUGUAUCUAUAAUUUCUUCUGUAAUCAAUAAACAGGGCAAGUUGUCAGAUAUAUGUAAAAAUGCGGAAGUUAGACUGAUACGUUUGAAGGAUAAACUUACAAAGGAUAAGAUUACCAUUAACAAGAGUUCACAAAUUAAUGAAAAUAAAGCACAAGAAAAAGUGUCGCAGGAAUUCGAAACAACGGUAGAUAGUUUAGUCAGACGUUCCAACAGAGAUUCUUUUUAUGAAGAGAUGGAUUGGGAACCACUGGAAGACGAGAAAAUUACCUAUGAAGUUCAGGCUGUUAGAACACAACUUUGUAUAGAGAAUAAUACAAAUACACCAUGUAAUAUACCCAGUAAUAUUUUGAAAUAUCCGUUGCCUGCUGAGCAACAAGAAAAAAGGCAAGUGUAUAUUGUUGUUGAUACAAACGUAUUUUUGUCGAACAUUGAAAUGAUUGAUCUGCUAAAAGAAACUACCUUCAAAACUUAUGAUCAACCGCUAAUCGUAAUACCAUGGACGGUAAUACGUGAGCUUGAUUACAUUAAAACUGACAAUGGUAGAAUAAAAUCAUCGGCGUUAUGCGGUAAAGCGAGAAAAGCUGUGAAUUACAUUAAUAAUCUUUUUUCUUCCAAACAUCCACGAGUGAUUGGUCAGACGCCAGAAGACGUUGCAAAAAAUAAAGAAAAAUUUUCUAUUGAUUGUCCAGACGAUGAAAUUUUGCAAACUUGUUUGCAAAUUCGUGAUUUGGGAAAGUCAGUGGUUUUAUUAUCAUAUGAUGUAAAUCUCUGUACUAAAGCAAUGAUUCAUGAUAUUGUCACACUUGGACGAAAUGACCCCCUUGAAAAGAUCGAUUAUCUUCAUGCUUCCGAUUAUUUCAAUGAAUCUUGUACUUCACUUAGUCCAGGCAGAGAAAGAUCAAGUUUAGGAUCUACUUCGAUUUUAAGUACAGAAUUAUCUGUAUCGGACGAGAUAUUCGAAGACACAAAAAGUAUUAUUAGAGACUUCCUGACAGUGGUAGUCAGCAAAGAAAUGCAUGCAUUGUACGGGGACUCUUGGGAAAAGUAUGUUAUUAUAAAGCCUCCUUGGACAACAGUAACUGUAUUACAGUGUGCCAUAAAACACUGGAUAGCAGCUGUAAGCGAGUCAUUUUUAAGAAGGGCAGAAACUAUCUUAAAGGAAUUGUUAGAAAUAUUUAAAGAGACAUCUGGAAAGAAAACAUUAAAACAAACUAGCUGUAUCUUGAACAAAUGUAACGACUUGGUUCAGAUGGUUAACGUAGAUAAACAUCCUGAUUUGAUGUUACGGGUGUCCAAGAAAGUCAACGAAUUGUUACAAAAAUGCCAUGAUUGUGAAUUGAAAAUAAACGAUCAACGAUUACGAGAUGAAAUUGGAGUUGAAAACGAUGCUGAAGAGGAAGAACACAGGGCAGAAAAAGCUUUCCGCUACUUUGAAUCUGCAUACGUUUACGCACGUGACAUGUGUGGUUUGGCAUCCGAAGCUGUAGGAAUGCCGUGUACUUUCCAUUAUAAUACUCCAAACCCCCUUCCAGUUGUGGAUUACGUGAAACAAAUACAACCAGAACUGGCGGCAAAUGUGAACCGACUGUUAUGUAACCUAAGCGCGGUAAUGGAACAGGUUAAAAAUUCUCGUAUCGAUUACCGGACAUUAAACAACCUACAUCAAACAUUAGUAACAUUUCUUCCUGAAACUUCACCGGCGACGCAGAAGCUGAGCGACACUGAUUUGGAGCCCCUCGACGUAUAUUGCUGCGUAAAACUAAAAACGGAAGUAUUAAAAACUGGCUUGCGUCAACUGCAAGAACUCAGCACGCAUUUUUGCAGAUUUGCAAGUUAUAGAUGUACAUAAGCACACGUUUCUGAAAUAAUCGAGUUCGAUUAAGCUUUUUUGCAGGUAUAUAGAUGUAUGUACAAGCUUUUGUUAAACAAUACUCGGUACCGGGAGUGUACAAUGUAACAUAACUGUAACAUUUCUUGACAAUUAUUUCUUUUUAUGUAGAAAAAAAAUACCAAUAUUUUAAAUGUUUUUAUUAACAGGUCUGUAUAAUACAAGAAGUAACUUUUGUACAACGUGAAAAAUAAAAAUGCACAGCCAGCAUUGUAAUCGGUACUAAAUUA